AUGGCGAGUAUUGCGCGAGGUCGAGGGAGAGGGGGAGGGCGACAUACCGAUGACCCCAUUGUCCGCAUCUCAAAAGCAAUGUCCUAUGUCCUCCGCCAUGGCGCCGCAAAAGACGGCAUUCCGAUACGUGCUGACGGUUAUGUCCUUGUAGACGACCUGCUCAAACAUCCCCGUCUUAAACAUGCAUCCCUAACCACCAUUCAACAAGUUGUGCAAGCAAAUGACAAGCAGCGGUUCACACUUGUCCAGGAAGCAGUAGAGGGAACACAUCAGAAGGUGUGGCUUGUUAGAGCUAAUCAGGGGCAUACACUACAGGUUGAGGUGGAAAUGCAGCCCAUAACAUCUCCUGCAGAAGCCCCAAUUGUCGUACAUGGAACAUAUGCAAAAAACUGGCCGUCCAUUCAAAAACACGGGCUGAAACCAAUGGCACGACAACACAUCCACUUUGCUCCUGGCAAGCCGGGAGAAAAUGGGGUGAUAAGGCAAGUUGCUCAGGGUUCUUUGAUUAACCACACGUAUCCAAAGAGGACAAAACACCUAAAAAAAACCCCCCAACUCUAUUUUCUUUUAACCAGUGGAAUGAGAUCAACGUGUGAUGUGUUCAUUUACAUUGACAUGGCUAAAGCGCUUGCCGAUGGAAUUCCCUUUCUCCGCUCUGCUAAUAAUGUCAUUCUGAGCGCAGGCAAAAACGGUGUCAUUGGGCCCGAAUAUUUCCUCAAAGUUGAAAGAUAA